CUUAGCGGGGCUCAGCCAAAGCCCUAAGAACUAAGUGGAAUAAGAUGCUUAAUGAGGCCAGUGCUCAAGUUAAGCUCCUGUUCCAAAGGAAGCUCUCCACUUCGAUAAGGAAGAGCAGCAGCCAAGGACAAGGGGAGAAUGCCACACAAGAUAGAAGGCUUCUUGUUUUUACUUCUCUUUGGCUAUGAAGCCACACUGGGAUUAUCGUCUACUGAGGAUGAGGGCGAGGACCCCUGGUUCCACAGAGCGUGCAAGUGCGAUUGCCAAGGAGGUGCCAAUGCCCUGUGGUCUGUGGGCACCACCCCCUUAGACUGCAUACCGGAAUGCCCAUAUCAUAAGCCCCUGGGUUUCGAGUCAGGAGAGGUUACACCAGACCAGAUCACCUGCUCCAACCUGGAGCAGUACGUGGGCUGGUAUUCCUCGUGGACCGCCAACAAGGCUCGGCUCAACAGUCAAGGCUUUGGGUGCGCCUGGCUCUCCAAGUUCCAGGACAGCAACCAGUGGUUACAGAUAGAUCUGAAGGAGGUCAAGGUGAUUUCGGGGAUCCUCACCCAGGGGCGCUGUGACAUCGAUGAGUGGAUGACCAAGUACAGCGUGCAGUACAGGACCGAUGAGAGCCUGAACUGGAUUUACUAUAAAGACCAGACCGGAAACAACCGGGUUUUCUAUGGAAACUCAGACCGAACCUCCACAGUCCAGAACUUGCUGCGACCCCCCAUCAUCUCCCGAUUCAUCCGGCUCAUCCCGCUGGGCUGGCACGUCCGCAUCGCCAUUCGGAUGGAGUUGCUGGAGUGCGUCAGCAAGUGUACCUGAUGCCUGCCCCAACUCGGUGCCUGCCUGGGUUCCAGCAGGGGAGGGUGUAGGGCUGCCCCCAGGGGAACGCUGACCUAUCACUGUGACCAACAGGGCUGUAUCUUACAGGCUGUCUUCAAUGCAGAGCUGGGCAGAGAAUACUUCUUUUUUAAGAUAUAGUUUCUAAUUUCAGUGAAAGAAAAAGAAAAUGAACUUAUUCCACACUCAGGGCCAAAGAAAAUAAGAACAAAGAAAAUGUCCCUAAAAGAAAUUUUCAAGCAAAAGCCUAAGGAGCAGGUCUAAUUUGCUGCUCUCAGUUUUUCUAGUUUUUUGGUCUCAGUGACUCUGUGAAAGGUGCAGUCCCAGGGGAAUGCAAAGCAGCUCUGAUAAUUUGAAAAUUCUUCCGCUUUACCACGUUCAAAACAGGAACAGACAGUUUCAUAAAGCAUUGCUUUGAA